AUGCUGCGUCCGCUAAGGUUUUUAGUAACGGCCGUUCCCCCCCGGAUAUCACUAAAGACUGAAAUUGCGGCCGCCGAUGAUAGUAACCACCACCAUAACAGGAAGUUAUGUUGCAACUUUCAUUCACCCGGGCGUGCAUUUACCAUGAUUGGCUCAGUUCGGCCGGAGUUCGAAACAAACUUCGGAAGGACGAAAGACCCGACGGUCGGUGAAUAA